AUGCCACCAUUCACGUACUCGGACGAUACGCUACGGUCUGGCCGCGAUCGCUUCAGAGACCACAGUCCCAGCCAGCAUCGAAGAAGCAUGUCACAAGAAACAGACUCCUCCGCAUCCACGACGAGCAUCGUCUUCGAUCGCAUACAAGAACGUCUCGACACGAAAGAGUUUACGCCCCGCGGCACCGACGGCGAUGAUGACGGCUCGCUUAAGGACGAGCUAAACAAUGACGAUCUCGAGACCGGGCCUUUCUUGGGCAAUGCCGAUUCGUCUUCCCGCUCAGACCAGCGCUCGCCCGGUGACGGCCAGCGGAUGGAUCGCAGUUUGAGGAGAUGGCUAUUUAUCGUCUCGGGAGUGUUGGUCGCUACUUGGGUUAUCGGCCUCUUCGUCUUCGUCUCGUCCAAGGCCUACAAGCCAUCCUCCUCCUUCGCGCAUGAUCCCCAAGCAACAGUCACGCACGGCACUGGAAAGAAGGUCACGCUAGACCAAGUCUUGAAUAAUCAAUGGCGCGCAAAGAGUCAUUCCAUCAGCUGGAUUGCGGGUGCAAACGGAGAAGAUGGCCUACUUCUGGAGAAGGAGGGCGUCGGGAAAGACUACCUUGUGGUGGAAGAUGUGCGGGCUCAGAACCCUUCCUCCGUUCAAGCCUCCAAGAGCAAGGCCCUGAUCAAGGAAAAGCUGUUUGAAUUUGCCAACAAAACAUACUGGCCCAGUAUCACGGUUCCCAGCCGGGACCUGAAGAAAGUCUUGCUUGCGACGGACGUCAAGAACAACUGGCGUCACUCAUACUACGCUGUCUACUGGAUUUUUGACGUCGAGACCCAACAAGUUGAGCCUCUGGUUCCUUACGAUGUUGAGGCUCGGCUCCAGCUGGCGUCUUGGAGCCCUACCAGUGAUGCUAUUGUCUACACGCGGGAUAACAACAUGUUCCUUCGCAAACUCGGCAGUGAUAAGAUUGUGCAGAUCACUAGGGACGGCAGUGCAGACGUAUUCAACGGUGUCCCCGACUGGGUUUACGAAGAAGAGGUGCUGGCUAGUGGUGUCGCUACCUGGUGGUCUGAGGAUGGCCAAUACGUCGCAUUCUUACGAACCAACGAGACGGGAGUCCCUGAGUAUCCCAUCCAGUAUUUUGUGUCGAGGCCCAGUGGUGAAGAGCCCAAGCCGGGAGAGGAGAACUACCCUGAGGUCAGGCAAAUCAAGUACCCGAAGGCCGGUGCCCACAACCCCAUUGUCGACCUCAAGUUCUAUGAUGUGAAGCGUGGUGAUGUCUUCUCUGUCGAUAUUUCAGGCCGUUUUGCCGACGAUGAUCGUCUGAUUACCGAAGUUGUCUGGGCCGGAAAACAGGUGUUGAUCAAAGAGACCAACAGAGUCAGUGAUGUGAUGCGCGUCGUACUGGUUGAUGUUGGAUCCCGCACUGGAAAGGCAGUCAGGACUGUUGAUGUGAACGCCAUCGAUGGUGGCUGGUUUGAGAUCUCUCACAAGACCAAGUUCAUCCCCGCUGAUCCCGUCAACGGCCGGCCUGACGAUGGCUAUGUCGACACCAUCAUUCACGACAAUGGAGACCAUUUGGCGUACUUCACACCGUUGGAUAACCCAGAACCCAUCAUGCUCACCUCCGGUGACUAUGAAGUUGUCGAUGCGCCAUCUGCGGUUGACCUGCAAAGGAACCUCGUCUACUUUGUUUCUACAAAAGAAUCCUCAAUCCAACGACAUGUUUACCAGGUCAAGCUGACCGGAGAGGACAUGACACCGGUGACGGAUACCUCCAAGGAGGGCUACUACGCCAUCUCGUUCUCGACUGGUGCCGGAUACGCCAUGGUAUCCUACCAGGGCCCAGACAUUCCCUGGCAAAAGGUCAUCAGCACCCCGAGCAACCCUGACAAGUACGAGUAUGUCGUGGAAGAGAACAAAGACCUCGCCGAAGCCGCCAAGAAGCACGAACUUCCGAUCAAUAUUUAUGGCACCAUCAACGUCGAUGGCGUAGAUCUCAACUACGUCGAGAGACGCCCGCCACACUUUGAUAAGAACAAGAAGUACCCCGUGCUGUUCCAACAGUACAGUGGCCCCGUCUCUCAGACCGUCAAGAAGACCUUCGCCGUCGACUUCCAGUCCUUCGUGGCUGCCGGCCUCGGUUAUAUCUGCGUUACAGUCGACGGGCGCGGAACAGGGUUCAUUGGGCGGAAGAACCGCGUCAUUAUCCGUGGCGACCUCGGUCACUGGGAAUCGCACGACCAAAUCGCCGCCGCGAAGCACUGGGCUCAGAAGGACUACAUCGACGAAGACCGUCUCGCCAUCUGGGGCUGGAGUUACGGCGGCUACAUGACGCUCAAGACCCUUGAGCAGGAUGCGGGACAGACCUUCAAGUACGGCAUGGCCGUCGCCCCCGUCACCGACUGGCGCUUCUAUGACAGCAUCUACACGGAGCGAUACAUGCGCACGCCGCAGACGAACCUCGAGGGGUACGAUUCAGCCGCCGUCACCAAUGCUACCGCUCUGUCCCAGAAUGUGCGCUUCCUGUUGAUGCAUGGUGUCGCCGAUGACAAUGUGCACAUGCAGAACUCGCUCACGCUUUUGGACGCGCUUGAUCAGCGGAGUGUGGAGAACUAUGAUGUCCAUGUUUUCCCGGAUAGCGAUCAUGGGAUUUAUUUCCAUAAUGCUAACCGGAUUGUGUUUGAUAAACUGACGAACUGGCUUGUCAAUGCCUUUAACGGCGAGUGGCUGAAGAUCGCUAACGCGCAGCCUAAUGGCAUGAAGAAGCGUGCUGCUCCUACUGCUUGA